AUGGAUAAUAAUGAUUCAAAUACCCCCGCCACACCUUCUUUACGGCUUUCACCGCAGUCACGGGGUUCUAACGGCUUGACAGCCAAUGAAAAGAUUCUUGUGAGGAAGCUGAAGAAGAAUGAGGAUGGUGUUUUUAAGACACUAGGUGACUGGUUUUUCGAGAAUCAAAUUGGCUUAUCCUUUAAUCUCAUCGCCUUAUUAUUCCUCUCACAUAUUUUUAUACCCAAAUCAAGAAUACACACUUCCAAAUUCUUCAAGUUAUCAGAAUACAACGCCACAACCGGGAAGUAUGUUUCUAGCUCAGACGACCUCUGCUUCAUCUCAUUUUGCGUCGUUCUGAUCACCGGCCUGCGCGCUGCGUGUAUGGAAUAUGUCCUCGUCCCACUGGCCAAUCUAUGGGGGAUUCCUAAGAAGAAGUUAGCUACGAGAUUCGCUGAACAGGCAUGGCUGUGGAUUUAUGCUAAUACAGUGUGGCCGAUUGGCUUGUACAUAUAUUACAACUCACCGUAUUUCUUCAAAAUGGAUGGGUUGUGGACAAACUGGCCAGACCGAGAAUUAGACGGUCUUCUGAAAGCCUACGUGAUGGUCCAAUGGUCCUUCUGGAUCCAACAAAUCCUCGUGGUCCACAUCGAGGAUCGUAGAAAAGACCACUGGCAAAUGUUAACUCACCAUUUCGUCACUGUAACCCUCAUAUCAGCCUCCUACGCCUACCACCAAAGCCGCGUUGGAAGCCUCAUCUUAUGGCUCAUGGACGUAGUAGACCUAUCCUUCCCCCUUGCCAAAUGUCUCAAAUACCUCGGCUUCACAACAAUCUGCGACAUACUUUUCGGCAUCUUCACCGUCUCCUUCUUCGUCGCCCGUCACGUCAUCUUCCUUACCAUCUGCUGGAGCAUCUACGCCGACAUCCCCCGCGUCAUCACAUCCGGCUGCUACAUCGGCAACAUGAACAACCUCUCAGGCCCUUACGCCGUCCCGGACGACUGGUCUCACGUCUUCCAGCCCUUCCUAAAUCCAGAAGGCAUCGUAUGCUGGAACGACAACAUCAAGAACGCUUUCCUCGGCACCCUCCUCGUCCUGCAGGUUAUCACGGCGAUCUGGUUCGUGGCCAUCGUGCGGGUGGUGAUUCGCGUGCUUAGAGGCGGGAGCGCGGAGGAUAUCAGGAGUGAUGAUGAGUGCGAGGAAGAGAUUGAGUAUGAAGAACUGCCGCCGCUGGAGGAGGAGGUGGGCGUUGAGGAGAUUAAUCUCUUGGGGUGGGAGAGGAGGUCUGGGGGCAAGAGGGGGGCGAGCGCGAGUGGAGUGACGUUUUCGAGUACAAGGAAGGAGUUGCUGAAUCGGGUGGGGUGUGAGAAGCAGAUUGAUGGUUUGGAGUAG